AUGGCAAAGAUAUUUUUAAGAUAUUGCCCUAUUGUGACACAAGCAAAAGGGUGCACAUUACGCUAUUUAACAACUGGAAGAUCCAAUAAAUUUGAUGUCGAAAACUAUUCAACUAUUUCAACUAUUUUACAAAAUAUUUCAUUUGCCGCCACAACGCCGCAACGUCUCUACAGUAGUGGCAGCCCCAUUAGCAUUGUUGAUUAUGCUGCAGUAAAGAAAUUGGUGAACGAGUCAAAUAAAUUGCUCAUUGAUGUGCGUGAACCAAAGGAGUUACAAGAAACGGGACAGAUUCCAUCCAGCAUUAACAUUCCAUUGGGCAUUGUUAGCCAAGAGUUGGCAGCCAAAGACCAACUCUUCAAAUCGAAAUAUGCACGGAACAAGCCUCAGCCCGAUACAGAACUUGUUUUCCAUUGCAGAAGUGGAGUACGCAGCUUAAAGGCUGCAGAAGCUGCCGUUGCAAUGGGCUUUAAAAAUGUGAAGAACUACGAAGGAUCGUGGCUAGACUGGGCCGAGCACGAAGGACUGCCAAAGUAAAUACUCAAAACUCGAACAAUUAUAUAUAUUAGUUAACAUUGUUUUAAUUGAAUUCUAUUCAAGCUCAAUAAAAGCAAAUAAA